CUCUCUUCUUUCCUUCUCUCUUUCACUCUCAGAUGGGUUAAACCCCAUACGUGGGGUUCAUAAAUAGACCCGUUUCGUGUUUCAAAAAUUCAGCGAUGGAUGGUGACACUCAUCACCAACAUACAAUAGCUGAUGAGCUCUUCACCUCUGAUUUUCUAUAAUGCCGCUUCCUAAAUUGCAUAUUUCUUUCCUUGUGCGCUUGUGCCAAAUUGUUCUCCAUCUCUCUGCAGAUUAGCUCUUCACUCAACACGUUUUUUUUUCUUGUGAUCAACAACUUUUCUGAAGCCCGGAAUUUGUAAAAGAAAAUAAGCGCAGCGUCACUAUGUCAAGGCAUGCUCAGCUCCCUCCUCGCUGCCCUCUCCAGAAGAAAACUGUAGCUCCCCAAGUUAAUGCAUCAAUGUCCCCAUUCUCAAGCAACGAUAUUGAGUUACAUUCCAGGAAAAAUGGACAAUGCAAAUGCACCUCCGAGAGCUUCCUAUUCGAGGAGCCACCACCUUGGCUAAACGAUCUGUUGAGUGAUUUAGAUUUAGAUUUGGAAUCCGAAAGUUCAUUACCAGAUCUAGAUCAACUUAGUGAGAAGGAAUCUACAGAGUCUGGUGAGCCUAAUGAUAAAUUAGGGUCGUCUGGCAUCUAUGGCCCAAAUUCACCUCGAAGGAGAAACAUGUUAGACAUCCCUGAAAAUGAUAUUGCAUCAGCAUUUUCCGAAUUUGCUGGGCAACAUUCUCUGCAGAAUUCAGAUGGAUAUUGCUCAGUCUCUGGAGUACAAUCGGACUCGUAUAGUGAUGUAAAUGCUUCAGCCGAUGAGAUCAGUUCCAACAGGAAGUGGAGUCACCCUGGGCAGAAGACUAGAGCUCGAAAGGUUCAAUAUAUUUCUGAGCUGGAAAGGACCGCUAAUUAUCUUCAGAAUGUUGGGUCCGAAUUGGCUGUUAGUGUUGCUUCCCUAUUCCAGCAGCAUGCUGCUUUGUCCUUGGAGAAUAACUGGUUGAAGCAGCAACUUUUUAGAAUGAAUCAGAAGAAAUUCAGUGUAGAUAAUGAAUACAUAACCCUAAGGAUAGAGGUAGACAGGUUGAGAACUAGUUUAGCUGUUUCCACCGAUACCAACAAGUUCCACAGCAGGCCACGCUCCGUUGACAGUGCCAUCUGGGACACGUUAGAUAUGCAAAAACUUAAUCUAAACUAAAAGAAACAAGGGCAUCUUCCUCAUCCUCAUGGGCGAAGCUCAUCACUUUGGUUUUCGACUCUGCAGCGGCUGAGAUGACAUUUACGAUUUUGGGUAGGACUGGUUUUGAUGGUUAGCAAAGAAUACGAACCUUUAGACUCUAACGGUGUCAAUAUUUGCACCCUCUAGAAUUUUCACUUUCUAAUUCUCUACAAUUAUGAUCAAAUGCAUAAGUUUAUCUUUUAAUUU